AAUUGAAACCGACCUAAAGCUCCUUUUUUCCAUUAUUCUAGAGGUAGAUUCGAUUAUUGCUGACUUAAGCAUCGGAGUGUCUACCCCAAGGACCCACUUCGGGGCUUUGCAGGUUCAUUCGAAGUGAAGACGCAGACUGAAGAAAGACUUCUGGUUUGGUGCAAUUACAUUGGCGUAGUCUGUAGGAAUCCGAACAAAAGGCUCUCUUGUUUUUAUGGUCAACACUCGAUCUGUCCGAGCUGGAAAUCAAGCUCAACCUCUUGGACAAGGUCAAAGUCAACCCCCCAACAACCUUCCACUUCACCUCCCACCUCUGAUCCCGAAUCUAUUCCCUCUUGUUGACCGAGUAGAAGGCGGAGAUGAAAACCAACCUCACAACUCAACUCACAACUCAGCUUCCACUACUAAUCAAGACAUAGUUCAAUCUCAUGCAGCCUUAGUUCCACACACUCUACCUGAUGAUGUCACACGACGUCUGGACAGCUUAGAAAAAUUGGUAGCCGAGCAACGAGGUGCCCCACCUCCACAUCAUAACACAAAUUCCAUACCUCAUCCUCUGCACACUAACAUCACAUUGGAACCUUACCCAAUCGACUUCAAGAUACCUCAGCUUGAAACAUAUGAUGGCACAAAGGAUCCAGAUGAUCACCUCCAUGCCUUCUACUCUUGUAUGCAAGCUCAGAAUGCUUCUAAUGCAUUGAUGUGCAAAAUCUUUCCCUCCACUCUCCAUGGCAAUGCUCAAACCUGGUAUUAUAGUUUGCCCUCGAGAUCGAUAAGCUCUUAUUUAGAAAUGGCAUUUACUUUUGCUACAAAGUUUUCUAGUAGAAGGUUGAUUAGGAAAACCACUUCUGAAUUGAUGCAAGUCAAACAAAGGGAAGGAGAAUCUCUGAAGAAUUACAUGAGCCGAUUCAACGAGGCAGUCUUCGAGGUCAGCUCAUUCAACCAAGCCAUGGGAAUUGCCGCUGUAAUUCAAGUUGUCAUACCUCACAAUGAUCCUCUAGUUACUUCUGUCAUGAUUAACAACUGUGAGGUCCAACGUGUCCUUGCGGACACAGGGACUGCACCAAACAUUAUGUACUUUCAUUGUUUUGAGAGUCUCAGGUUGGAUUCAGCUUUGUUGCAAAGGUACGAUGGUUCCAUCUAUGGAUUCAAUAAUCAACCUGUUCAGACAACCCACAUUAACCGAGAUCCAAACUGUGGUCUCUCAAUCUCACCUUUGCAUGAAGUUCCCAACUCCCAUGGGGAUAGCAACGCUACAAGGCUUCAGGUUAUAAAAGAAGAGGUAGAGAAGCUUAUACAAGCCGGUUUUGUCAGAAGAGUUGAUUACUACGAAUGGGUGGCUAACCCGGUGCUGGUUAAAAAGGUAAACAGUAAAUGGCGAAUGUGCAUCGACUACACAAAUCUCAACCAAGCUUGUCCCAAGGACUGUUAUCCGAUGCCAAGCAUUGACAAACUGGUUGAAGUGCCUUCUGGAAAUGAGAGAUUAAGUUUUUUGGAUGCAUAUUCUACUUACCACCAGGUGCCGAUGGCUUCGGAGGAUGAAGAGAAAACCUCGUUCUAUGCCAGUGACGAAAUUUAUUGUUAUGUCAUGAUGCCAUUUGGCUUAAAAAACAUAGGUGCCACUUACCAGAAAAUGGUGACCAUUGUCUUCCGAGCUCAGAUCGGUAGAAAUCUGGAAGUUUAUGUCGAUGAUAUCGUGGUAAAGAGCUUAAAGGUAGAGGAUCACCUAGCCGACCUUGAUGAAACAUUCAAUAACCUCAGAAAGAACAAGAUGCGGUUAAACUCAUCCAAAUGUAUCUUCAGUGUGGAGUAUGGGAAAUUUAUAGGCUUCAUGGUUUCCCAGAAGGGGAUUGAGGUUAACCUAGAAAAGAUCAGAGCAAUCGCCAAGAUGGAACCGCCGAAGUCGGUGAAAGAUAUACAGAAAUUAACUAGAAGGGUUGCAGCUCUUCAUAGAUUCAUAUCGAGGUCAGCAAAUAAGUGCUUGCCAUUCUUCAAGAUCAUGAGGUCAGUAGCCCAGAAGGAUGAAUCUGGCAAACAAAAGAAGUUUGAAUGGAACCAAGAAUGCCAAGCUGCAUACGAUGAGCUAAAGUCUUAUCUUAGCUCUCCACCUCUACUAACUAAGGCUAUAGAUGGAGAAAUUCUCUAUUUGCACCUCAAAAUUUCAGACGAAGCAAUUAGUUCAGUUCUGGUGAGAGAAGAAGCCAAACAGCAGAAACCAAUCUAUUAUAUCAGCAGCAUGCUGCACGGUGCAGAACUGAGUAGCAAGGGUUCAGGAGUUGGUGUUUUCUUAAUUGGCCUAGAUGGAUACCAAAGUGAGCAUACUCUGAAAUUUAACUUCGAUGCAACAAACAACGUGGUUGAGUGUGAAGCUCUGCUACUUGGUUUGCAACUAGCAUUGGAGCUAAAAGUCAUGGCGAUACAAGUAUAUAGUGACUCACAGCCUGUGGUUAAUCAAGUCAACUUAAUCUACAAAGUUGUUGAUCCUGUGAUGAUGAAGUAUGUAGCCCUAGUGGUUGAGCUAAAGUGCGAAUUCCAUAAAUUUUGUUUGAGCAAAAUCCCUAGAACUGAGUACGCACUUGGGGAGUUGCAUGAAGGUGUCUGUGGAAGCCACAUCGCUGCUAGAACUCAUGCCCACAAAGUCCUCAAACAAGGAUAUUACUGGCCGAAUAUGUAUAAGGAUGCUACUCACUUUGUACAAAGAUGCCCGAAGUGUCAAUUCUUUGGACAUUUAACUCACCAACCGGUAGAAGAGCUCACCAACCUAGUAGCACCUUGGCCAUUUACUCAGUGGGGGCUCGAUCUUCUAGGACCAUUCAUGAAAGGGGUUGGUGGUGGAACCCAUCUGAUCGUUGGUGUUGAUUAUUUCACAAAAUGGAUUGAAGCUCGGCCAUUAUCUAGUCUUACUGCCAGAAAAGUUGAGGACUUUGUCUUUGGUUCAAUCAUCUACAGAUAUGGAAUCUCGAAUCAGAUCAUAGCUGAUAACGCUAUCCUGGAGGGAAUAAAGCCGAGGUUGGAGCAACAUAAGGUUAGGUGGGCAGACGAACUCAACAACGUCCUAUGGGCAUAUAGAACAACGAGCCAAACUGUCACAGGUGAAACACCCUAUCACCUGGCCUUUGGUACCGAAGCAGUCAUUCCUAUUGAAAUAGGGGUCCUAAGUUUCAGGGUAACCCAUUUCGAUGAAGGACGAAAUGGACAACUGCUUCGAGAAAACCUUGAUCUGCUUACCGAAGUCAGAGAAGAGGCACGACUUCGAACCCUAAUAUACAAUCAGAAAUUAGCCAACUUCUACAACAAACGAGUCCGCCCUCGAACAUUCAAAGUAGGAGACCUUGUUCUCAGAAAGGCUAGCCUAACAGGGUUUGAAACUCGUUUUGGCAAACUAACCCCGAAAUGGGAAGGCACUUACACAGUAGCCGAAGUGCCACAUCCUAGUGCCUAUAUCCUCCAAGACGCUGAAGGGAAGCGAAUUCCUAGAGUCUGGAACGUCAAUAACUUGAAGAAAUUUUACCCUUAAUAAAUUUUACCCUUAAUAAAUUUCUUUCAAGUGAUCUUUGUCUUAUUCUCCUUUAUAAUUAUUAUUUCGUCAUUUUUUAGAUUCACUUCAUCCAUUAUCUUGUAUAUCUGAGGUCAAUUUGUUUGGAAUCUAUUCCUUGGGCUGCAUUUUCAUUAAUGAAUUUCACUUCAUAUA